GGUACGCUUAUUUUUUUUUCUAUGGCUCGAGGCCUCGCCAUCUGUGCCUUCGUAAACCGGGUGGUACUGUGGUAGUAGACAGUAGCGCUCCUACGUUGCUCUCUUCAAACGCCAACAAGCGAUAAACAAAUAAUAAUAAUAAAAUAGUGUGCAAGUUUACUCGGCGGUCUAAAUAUUUGCACGUUAUUCGCUUGUCGUCGUUGCGAUCACACAUAAUAUCUACGUUCACCGCACACACAUACACGUAACUGAAGAGGACUGAAGGACAGUCUUUUGCUGAGCAGUUUUGGCGUUUCUUGGUCGUUGCUGUGUAAUUCUUAAUAUCUUAUAUAUGGUGUUGAACUCGUACAUAAGAAAUUGCUUUACGAAUGGUCACGGGGCACUAAAGAAGGUAAACAACAAAUGUUUAAAUGGAAGCAUCUUCAAUUAUCACCCAGGUGUCGCGUGAGGAAGAACACUUAAAGAGUUAUACUCCAGAUAAAGGUAGCCAUGUUCGAAUGAAAAAUGAAAGAGGAUUAUGGCGAACACUACUGUGUUGUUUUGGGAAAUCGAGGACAAGACCAAAAUCUACUUUUGGACCAAGCGGUAGUAUUCGUGGAGUCAACUCCAAAUCUAGCCGUAGUUUUACACCUCCACUAAGCCCGGACCCUUCACAAACAUCAUAUCUUCUUCCCGCUAUCAAACAUCAAGAUAUGCAUAAAAAGUGUAUGGUGAUUGAUUUAGAUGAAACACUUGUUCAUAGUUCAUUUAAGGCAAUCAACAAUGCAGACUUUAUAGUGCCUGUAGAAAUAGAUGGUACCAUUCAUCAAGUAUAUGUUUUGAAAAGGCCACAUGUAGAUGAAUUUCUUCAGCGUAUGGGCGAACUUUAUGAAUGUGUAUUAUUUACUGCAAGUCUUGCCAAGUAUGCUGAUCCAGUAGCUGAUUUGUUAGAUCAGUGGGGUGUCUUCCGAGCUCGCCUAUUCCGUGAAUCAUGUGUUUUUUAUAGAGGAAACUAUGUAAAAGACUUAAACAAAUUAGGCCGUGCACUACAUAAAGUCGUAAUCAUUGAUAAUUCACCAGCUUCUUAUAUUUUUCAUCCUGAUAACGCUGUUCCUGUUAAUUCAUGGUUUGAUGAUAUGACUGAUAAAGAACUGUUGCACUUGAUUCCAUUUUUUGAAAAGCUUAGUAAAAUGGAAAACGUUUACCCAGUUAUUUGCAACAUUAAUCAUAUGGCGAACGCUGCUGCCGCUGCAAUUGCUGCCCAAUCACAACACAUUAACAGUGAUAACAAUUUAUAGCAGUGAUUUUUCACAAUACAAUGUAUUUGUGCCAAUAAUGGUUAUUUGAUAGCCAAUCGUGUGAAAAAAACAAAGUAAAAUAAUAAUUAUUAUUAAUAUUAUAUUAAUUAUCAUAAUACAAUAAAUUACAUUUAACGUGUACAAAAUUAAAAUGUUACAAUGUACCUAAUUGAGGUACAAUGGAACAGUUACUAUAAUAAUUCUUGUUACACUUCUUUAAAUGUUGUUUUCAUUUUUGGUUUUUUAUAAACACGAGACUAGAAAAAAUAUCAUUAUUUUGAGGUGUUUUUACUAAAGAUAAUUAUUAUUAACUAAAUUUGUUUGUAAGUCAAAAGGAUAAUAAUGUUUUAAGAUCGGUACAUAUGUAUGAUAAUAAUUGUAUUCUAUGUAAAAAAGUGUCAAAAUACGUAUUUUGUUGGGGUUAUUGUUGUCUUGUAUGCAGAAACAUCUCGAUGUAUUACAAACUUUAAAAACUAUUGAUUCAGACCUACAAUUUAACUACAUGUAUUUAACUGUUACAAAAAUUUAUAUAUGUAUACAAAUUUUAUGUUUAAACGGAUAAUAUAGUUGGGAGCGUAACAUAAAAUAAUUUACUAUAUCAGUCACCUCUAUAUUGCGACUAAUAGUAAAAAAAAAAUAAUUUUCUUUAUUCACUUAUUAAUAGACAUGCUUUCUAAAAAAAAAUUUCAAACUUGACAUACAUUUGCAAAGAGUACAAACUAUUUAUGAUGUAUUAACAAAUAAUGAAUAUUUUAUUCAAAUCACAUCCAAUAUUUUACAAUUAUUUUCAUUUUGAUUUUAUAUUUUUCUAAUAUUAUGUCUAUUGUUUUUAUUAAGACGAGGAUAUUUCUGUUCUUUUAUGGUGUUAUAUUUAAUGUUGUCUUCAUAAUUCUCUCAUUUACAAUGAUAACUUUUUCAAAUAAUUAUGUUAUGUAGUUUGAAUUGUACAGUAUUUAUCAAUUUUACAGUAUUUUCUCCCAAAAAUUCCAUUUUAUAUUUCUCCAAUGAACCACUCAUAUCAAAUGCUUGAAAUGCAUUCAUAUUUGCAAACAUUCUAUUUUCAACUAUAAAGUUGUCUUAUGUUUUCUUUAGACUAUGCUUGUUGUUUUUUUUUUUAUUUGCAAUAUGUGAUAUUAAAUUUAUUAAACUCAACAAAUAAAAUUGUUGAUACAUAUUAAUUAAUAUCAAUAAAACAUUUAAAAUUUGUUCAUUAACAAUAUAGGAUUUUCGCAUUAGCCAUAUGUAUAUAUUAGUUUAAUGUUCAUAUCAAUAUUCAAGAAAUGUAGAAGAUUACUCGCUUCAUUUCAACAAUAAUCCUGCUGUAUAAAAUAAUAGGAACACCAAUUUAAGAUCAUAAGAUUAAAUACCCUUUCACUUUAUAAAAUAUUUGGCCAACACACAUUAAGCAAUUAAGUUUUUAAAAUUGUUAUUAUUAUUAUAUAUCAAUUAAUUUGUAUAUUUUUAUUUUGUUUUCUUUUAAAAGUUAUUAUUUUUAUUGAUUAUAUGGAUAUAAACAAAACUAGGUUUAACAUUAGAGAUUAGAUGAUUUCUUUAUUACGAUAACAAUUAAAAAUAUAUUUUUCGUUAAUUUAGUUGUUACAACUAGGUUACAGAAUACGUUUUUUAUCUAUUUUUUUUGUUUUACAACUUAAAACACGCGGCCUUAUUCUUGCUAAUUUAAUUAACUUGGUUAAUUAAAUUUUUUGCAUCAUGUCCCCUGUCGUUUGAAUCUCUAGUUUAUUAUUAGUAUUAAUUUUUUUUUUUGGUAAUAUGUAUUUUUCUCUAAUGUGUAAAACCAGUCUGAAUACACCAGAAAAAAAAAGUUGCCAAUAUUUUUGAAAUGUAUUUGUUAAUCUAUUGUUAAGCAUUAUAAAUUUGCCUGGUUAAGUUAAUUAAUUUUUUUAACGCAAUUUCAUAAGAAGUGAUAUUUAAGAAAAAAUUUGUACAAGACUUUGCUCAUUAAAAUAACAUUAUCAUUAAUUUGUACUGUCUGUUCCAAUUUUAUUUUAUAUCUUACAACCUCAU